CUAAGAUGGGAGGAAGAGAUGGGCGUCCAAUACGAGCUUGACGAUCUUACGAAAUUGUUCGAGGCUGAGUAUGGCUAUGCAACGGAAACCUGGCUCAUACCCAAUGCAAAGUCUCACUUCGCGCUGAUGGAGAAGGCCUUGCAGGUUGUGCGAGACUUCGGCAAGGCCAGUAAUCUUCUGAUUGUCUAUUAUGCUGGGCGUGGGCAUAUGAACGUUUCUCGUCAAGCAAUGUGGAGUUGUACGAGCGUUACAGAGACUAUUGCGGCCUGUGGAUUUGAGACUUGGGCUCCGCAGCCGGGACGAUAUAGCUUUACCAAUACCCUCAUCGCUGUAUUGGACGACUGGUGUGAUCGCCUUGCUUUCACAGCUGCCAUGCUGCACUGUGAAAUUCUCAAUCGAUUGAGACACGAAAAGCCAGAGAGAGACCGAUAUACCAAAACGUUCGAGUUUCGCAAAUCUCCGAUUCAUGUCCUCAGCACAAAUGAUCCUAAAGCACGGAACGUUGAAUUGUCUCCUCGCCAACCACCGAAAGAACCACCAUUCAGCCCAAGAUGCUUCAAGCCAGUCGAGAACCAGCGGGGCUGCAUCGUCAAAAGUGGUAGAAACCUCUGACAUUGAGACAGAGCCGUCCGACGAAGCAGCCUUUCCAGCACUCGGUUCUGGUGACCAAAACGAACUCUACAGCAUGGCAUCACUUGCGAAAGUACUGGGUGAUGGACAUACCCCACUUCCGCAAGUACUGCUUUCUCUGGCGCUAGCAGAAGACCCAGUCCUUGACUUCGACCGUUGUAGGAAGUGGCUUCAAGACUUCCCUGCGCUAGCAAAGUAUGCUACAGUGCAAGGAGUCUAUAAAAGCAACCCAACUUUACUCAUUCUGUCAAUCCCCAUCAUGAUCUGGGACUGGCUGCCAGAAGACCCUGCUUGCACAUUCAUUGGCUAUAUUUACUCAAAAAAACUCUUAUCGACUGGUUCAAGCCAGCAGCCUUCGUGGAAAAUCAAUUCACGUCACUUCACAUUCGAGGUGACGAAAUCCGCCAAGC